AUGAAAUUAGCCUCUGAGCUCUUGUGUGGCCAUUGUAAAAAGCUUGCUCCAGAGUAUGAGAAGCUUGCCUCAAGUUUUAAGAAAGCAAAAUCCAUUUUAAUUGGAAAGGUGGACUGUGAUGAGCACAAGGGUGUUUGUGGCAAAUAUGGAGUUUCUGGGUAUCCCACAAUUCAAUGGUUUCCGAAAGGAUCCCUAGAACCCAAAAAGUAUGAAGGUGGCCGCACUGCAGAAGCUCUUGCUGAGUUUGUGAAUAAGGAAGGAGGGACCAACGUGAAGAUUUCUGCAGCCCCCUCCAAUGUUGUGGUCCUUACCCAGGAUAAUUUCAAUGAGGUUGUCCUGGACGAAACAAAAGAUGUGCUGGUGGAGUUCUAUGCACCAUGGUGUGGACAUUGCAAAUCUCUUGCUCCUACUUACGAGAAGGUUGCAACAGCAUUUAAGUUGGAGGAAGGUGUAGUGAUUGCUAAUCUUGAUGCUGACAAAUACAAGGAUUUAGCUGAAAAGUACGGAGUAAGUGGAUUUCCCACAUUGAAAUUUUUUCCAAAGAACAACAAGGAGGGUGAAGAGUAUGGUGGUGGCAGAGAUUUAGAAGAUUUUGUAGAUUUCAUUAAUGAGAAAUCUGGCACUAGUAGAGAUGGGAAAGGCCAACUUAGUUCCAAAGCUGGUGUACUUGCAAAUCUGGACGACUUAGUGAAGGAAUUUGUGAAAGCUGGCAAUGAUGAGAAGAAGACAAUCUUUUCCAAGAUAGAAGAGGAAGUUGGGAAGCUUGAGGGUUCUGCUGCAAGAUAUGGUAAGAUCUACUUGAAAGCUGCCGAGAACUCUUUAAAGAAAGGUGCUGAUUAUGCAAAGAAUGAGAUUCAGCGGCUUGAACGCAUACUCGAGAAGUCUGUCAACCCAACCAAGGCAGAUGAGUUCACUCUGAAGAAGAACAUCCUAUAUACCUUUGCCUCAUCUUCAUGA